GAUGGCCUUCUCCUUCUACGGAUCCAUUCUUUUGCUCUCGGCGUUUCUCAUUUUCAUGUCACUACCAGCCGAGGCUGCCAUAAAAAACUAUCAGUUUGAUGUUGUACUUAAGAAUGUAAGCAGACUAUGUCAUGCUAAGCCAAUUGUCACAGUCAAUGGGAGGUUCCCUGGGCCAACCAUCUAUGCCCGAGAAGGAGAUAGAGUCGUCAUCAACGUUACAAACUAUGCUCAAUAUAACAUAUCCAUCCACUGGCAUGGAUUGAAGCAGUUUCGAAAUGGAUGGGCUGAUGGUCCAGCAUACAUUACUCAAUGCCCGAUUCAGAGUGGAAGAAGCUACACCUACGAUUUCAAUGUUACAGGACAGAGAGGAACAUUGUGGUGGCAUGCUCACAUCUUGUGGUUGCGAGCCACCAUCCAUGGUGCGAUCGUGAUCAUGCCGAAGGAAGGAGUUCCAUACCCAUUCCCACAACCUCAUGCAGAAGCUGAACUGGUUUUAGGAGAAUGGUGGCAUGCAGAUGUUGAAGAGGUUGAGAAGCAAGGUAACAUGCUUGGGUUGCCACCAAACAUGUCGGAUGCCCACACCAUCAAUGGAAAGCCAGGACCUCUCUUCCCAUGCUCAGAGAAACAUACAUUUGCAAUGGAAGUUGAAUGGGGCAAGACCUACCUCCUUAGAAUCGUCAACGCUGCCCUCAACGACGAACUCUUCUUUGCGAUUGCCGGGCACAGUAUGACUAUGGUUGAGAUCGAUGCAGUCUACUGCAAGCCCUUCACCACAAAUGCCAUAGUGAUUGCGCCCGGCCAAACCACUAGUGUUCUUGUCAAGGCUGACAAAAACCCUGGUAGAUACUUCAUGGCCGCUAGACCCUUCAUGGAUGCCCCAAUCGCUGUAGACAACAGAACUGCAACUGCUAUUUUACAAUACAAAGGCAUUCCAACAACCAUUGUCCCCAUCCUGCCUCAACUGCCCGCACCAAAUGAUACUGAAUUUGUUAAUGACUUCCUCGACAAGCUCAGAAGUCUGAAUUCUCCACAAUUUCCUGCUAAUGUGCCUCUCAGCGUCGACAGGCAUCUCUUCUACACAGCUAGUCUGGGCGUCGAUCCAUGCCCGACUUGCUUGAAUGGAACUCGACUCACUGCAUCCUUGAACAACAUUACCUUUGUGAUGCCCACAAUUGGGCUACUUCAAGCACACUACUUCAACAUCAAGGGGGUGUUCAGGCUAGACUUCCCCGACAAACCUGCAACAACGUUCAAUUAUACCGGUGCACCCCUCACAGCAAACCUUGGCACAUCCUUGGGCACCAGGCUGAGCAGGAUUCCUUACAAUUCGACAGUUGAAUUGGUGUUGCAAGACACAAAUCUCCUGGCACCAGAGUCUCAUCCCUUCCAUCUCCAUGGUUACAACUUCUUUGUUGUUGGGAGGGGGAUCGGAAACUUCGACCCGAAGAAAGACCCAGCUAAAUAUAACUUGGUCGAUCCACCAGAAAGAAACACAGUUGGUGUUCCUACAGGAGGUUGGACUGCAAUCCGGUUUAGAGCUGAUAAUCCAGGUGUUUGGUUCAUGCACUGUCAUCUGGAGCUCCACACCACCUGGGGGCUCAAGAUGGCAUUUGUUGUGGAAAAUGGAAAUGGGACAGAACAAUCCAUCUUACCUCCUCCCAAGGAUCUGCCACCAUGCUAGUGAACUGGAGGAUGAGGUGUUUGCUUGUGGGUUUUGUGAUGUCCUGCAAAAGUUGCAGGACAUUUGUGGAUGAUGAGUUUUAACAUAAUCAUUGAUUUGUCUGUUUGAUGUAAUUUAAGAUUUCUCAAGAGGCUCUAUGGAAGCAGCCUUUCUGGGAGAAUAAGAUGCCCUACCAAAGAAUGAAGGGUGGCU